UCAGAGAGAGAGAGAGAGAGAGAGAGAGGGAGAGAAUCCAACCAAUGAGACUGUCGAUACGUUGAUAUUUUCACAGUUGUGCGCGAGCACACGGUGAGCUGACGUCGAGAACUUCCAGGUGAAACUACAGACCGUCUCAAGCCCUCGAGGCUGCUUCUCCAGGCUUUGAUGCCCACACUCUUUGAAGCAGGGGGACAGACGCAGGCAUGAGUGACAGUGGGACCAAAGAUCCGUCUCCGGAGCCCAGCGCUGCUCAGUCACCUCCUGAGCCUCAGCGCCGGGGCAGGGGUCGGCCGCGGAAACAGCUGCAGGAGCCUGUUGGACCACCGACUCCAAAGCGACCAAGAGGACGACCGAAAGGAAGCAAGAACAAAGGCCCAAGGACUGCACUCAAGAAGGUCGAGCCCGUCGGGGAGCGACGACCUCGUGGGCGACCGAGGAAAUGGCCCCAGAAAGUAAUUCAAGUAGCUGAAGAGCAACAGGGCUCUUCAGACGAGGAUGAAGAUGAGAGUUCCUCGCAGCUUGAGCCCACCACAUCUCAGGAUCCAGCACAGGAGGAAGGGAAGUAGUCGUAGUAGGGUACCUCUCUACCUACCUCAAGGUUUGGCCUUCAACAAAUAGGGAUACUGUCUGACUCCUAUCUGUGAAGGCGAUUCAGGAACACACACACACACACACACACACUCAUAACACACACACACACACACAACACACAAAAAAUCAUGGCAGAAAGUGGUUUCUUCAGCUGGUACUGUAUCAUGGUUUUAUUGCUUCACGCUCAGAGUUUGGUCAUUUCAUCUUCGAAGCUGGCUUCUGGUAAGGGAAUAAUAUGAUAUUAUGGGAUGUACAUCUAUUCCCAUUCCAGCCGGGGAGUUACGUAGGAUGAUUGAUACCAGGCUCAUAUCGCCGCGGUUAAUGUUAAGUUACUGUAAGCAGCUAGUUAGCUUAGCAUAAAGACUGGAAACCGGUUACUAAAUAUAAACGCCUGCAACCUCCAAAGCUAAGAGGUUUAUUUCUCGUUUGUUUAAUCGGUGAACAGAUGAGCGUUUGAGUUUCAGACCGUUUACGGUCUUUUUGCGAAGCUGCGCAUUCUUUGUUCUAUCAAUCUUCUCAUCUAACUCAAUGCAAAUAUAAGUGAUGAGUGUAUUUCACUUAUCACCUACUACUUCAAGGAUGUCUGCUUUCCCCAACGUGUGUGUGUGUGUGUGUGUGUGUGUGUGUGUGUGUGUGUGUGUGUGUGUGUG